CGACUAAAAUUUAGUGUGGCAUCAAUGGGUGCAGAGAGUAAUAAUUAGCGAUCAACAACUCCCCUUGCAGCUUCAGAACAAUCAAUGUCGAUGUCGAACCAUCGUGCCGGACCGUAACAAGAAGGUGAAGGCGCGGCUACAAAAGCAAUUCACAAAACCCAGAAAGCUUCAAACAGAUCCAAUGCUUGGUGGGUACGCAGAGAUAGUCGUACCAAUAUUUCUCUGCUUAUUCAUUCUUCUUUGGCAUUGGAGAUCAUGGAACAAACACUCACCCAUCAUAAACUGGCCUCUUUUCGGAAUGCUUCCGGGGCUUCUUCAAAAUGCACAGCAUAUCCACGACUACACAACCCGGGUUCUAAAACAUUAUGGGGGGACUUGGGAGUUUAUGGGCCCUUGUUUCAGUAACAUGGAAUUUGUGUUGAUCAGUGAUCCCACCAACAUGCAUCACAUUUUGAGCAGAAACUUUUCCAACUACCACAAAGGCCCCAAGUUCCGAGAGGUUUUUGAACCUCUCGGAGAUGGGAUCUUCGCUUCUGAUUCUGACUCGUGGAGAUUUCAGAGGAAGCUGAUUCAAUCAAUGAUAAAGAACAAAAAGUUCGACUUGUUCUUGGAGAAAGUCUCCCGGGGAAAGGUGGAAAGCGGCCUCAUUCCGAUUCUUGAUCACUUCUCGAGUAUGGGAAUCGAGGUGGAUUUACAAGAUGUUUUUCAACGCUACACCUUCGAUAAUGUUUGCUUUCUGGUUUUGGGUUUUGAUCCAAAUUGCCUCUCCAGUGAAUUUGCUCAAGUUGCACAUGCAAAAGCGUUUGAUCAAAUUGAACAAAGUCUCCUUUACCGACACAUUGUGCCAGAAAGUUGUUGGAAGCUGCAGCGAUGGCUUCAAAUAGGAGAAGAGAAGAAGCUGAGCAUUGCUUGGAAAAUAUUUGACCAAUUCGUGUACCAAUGCAUCUCAUCCAAGCGUGAACAACUGAGCCGGAGCAAGACCCAGAAAAUGAAAGUGGAGGAAGAGACGUUCGACUUGCUAACAGCUUGUAUAGAGCAAGAUGAAGGAGGAGAAAUGGAUUGUUCUACCAAAUCAAACAAGUUUCUGAGGGACAUGGCCUUUUCUCUCAUAGCGGCGGGCAGGGACACCAUAAGUUCAGGCCUCACCUGGUUUCUAUGGCUUGUUGCCACACACCCCUCCGUGGAAGCUAAGAUUCUACAAGAAAUGAGAGAGCAUUUGCUGGUCAACAACGAGCGCGAGAUGAAUUGGGAUAUAAAAGAAAUAAGCAAGCUAGUUUAUCUCCACGCAGCCAUAUGUGAGUCCUUACGCCUUUUUCCCCCUGUACCUUUUGAGCAUUUGUAUGCAAUUGACUCAGACAUUCUCCCCAGUGGCCACCCUAUUGGCCCAAGUACAAGAAUAUUGUACUCUCCAUACGCAAUGGGAAGGACGGAAAGCAUAUGGGGAGAAGAUUGCUUAGAGUUCAAGCCAGAGAGAUGGAUUUCGGAGGAAGGAAGGAUUGUGCAUGUCCCAUCUUACAAGUUCAUAGCAUUUAAUGCAGGCCCAAGGACUUGUUUGGGUAAGGACAUGAGUUUCAUUCAAAUGAAAACAGUUGCAAGCACUAUCAUUUGGAAUUAUCGUCUUCAAGUAGUUGAAGCUCAUCCUGUUUUGCCCAAGAUCUCUGUGGUUCUUCAUAUGAGACAUGGUUUCAAGGUGAGGGUCACCAAAAGAGAUCAUUGAUAUUGAAUAAGGCUUUUGAAGAUCGUAAAUUAAGAUGCAUGCCAGCUACCUACCUACCUAAUGGGCGAUCCAAUCCUAGCUAGAUGGAUUAAUUCGGGAGAUCGAGCAAUAAAUAAAUGUGUACCGUAUGUACAUUAUUACAUACGUACUGGAAUUAAAUUUCUUUUUA